AUGGAUGUCGCAGCUGUGUCUCUUUCCAAAAAAAAUCCAUGUGGAAAAUUCAUCGGCACUGGUCAAAGGAAAAUUAUUGUCAAUUUAUAUAAGAAAAUAGUUAAACACCAGCUUGAAAAUCCUGACAGCCCUCGAAUGACCUUAAGAGAAAUGAUCGUCGAUAUCUCAAAAUCUUCGGGUAUUGGACAGCGGUCUGUUCAAAACAUAUUAUCGGAGUAUAAGAAUCAAGGAACAAUUACAUCGCCGAACAAGAAAAAAAUUCGACCUACAAUAAUCGAAAAAAUCGAUGAAUUCGAUAAAAAUGCAAUAAGACAGAAAAUACACAAUUUUUGGAGGAACCGCGAAGUACCAACAGUCGAUAAAAUGUUAAUCGCCAUUAAUGAAGAUGAAACACUUCCAAACAUUAAGCGGUCGUCAUUUCAAAAAGUGUUGAAAGAUUUACAAUUUCAAUACGUAAAAAAAAAACGUAAUAGUGCACUACUCGAAAGAGAAGAUUUAAUAGCUUGGCGCCGAAGUUAUUUGGUCAAAAUAAAGCAUUAUAGAGAGCAAAACAGGCCAAUUUAUUAUUUGGACGAAACGUGGGUCAACGCAGGCGAUACACACAGUAGAACGUGGACCGAUACCACAAUAAAUUCAUCACGAGAUGCAUUCCUCAAGGGCCUAACCACUGGACAAAAAGAACCCUCAGGAAAAGGUAAGCGUCUCAUCGUCUUACACAUCGGGUCGACAGAUGGUUUUGUCCCGGGGGGUCUUUUGUGUUUCGAAUCAAAGACCAAUUCUACGGACUACCAUGACGAGAUGAAUGGCGAUACAUUCUAUGAAUGGUUUGUACGAAUUCUACCACUAUUAAAAGAAAACGCCGUCAUAGUGAUGGAUAAUGCUUCGUAUCACUCCGUAAAGAAAUGCAAAAUACCAACUAUGUCUUGGAAAAAAAAAGAUAUUAUCGAUUGGCUUGAAAUGAAAGGUGAAAUCGUUAACCAUCCAAUAGUCAAAAAUGAUUUAAUAAUAAGAGUUAAAAAAAUAAAAAACCAAUACGACAAGUACGUAAUAGACGAGUGCGCAAAAGACAAUGGCAAAAUCGUAUUGCGAUUACCCCCAUACCACUGCGAGCUAAACCCUAUCGAGCUCGCGUGGUCUUCUGUAAAAAGCUAUGUCCGGACACAUAAUAAUACGUUUAAAAUAAAGGAUGUACUGGAGUUAUUAAAAAAAGGCGUGGAACAUGUGACAGCGGAAAUGUGGACGAAUUUUGUGGGACAUGUCGUCAAGGAGGAAGAAAAGUUUUUGAACAUUGAACAUAUAACAGAUGAAGUAUUUGACGAACUUCCCGAAGCAGAAGGACGUCAUAUCAUGACGAUAACAGGUGAUACGAGUUGUUCGGAAUCGGACUUCGAUUCGGAUUGA